UCGUGGCGGCGGCGGCACUUCCGUCGCGGGCGGCGGGCGGGCGAUGGCGGCGCAGUUCCGCAGCUACGUGUGGGACCCCGCGCUGAUCGUGGCGCAGAUGGUGCUGCUGCAGGCGGGAUACUACAGCUCACUGGGGCUCUGGCUCGCCCUCCUCGGCACCCUGGGCAGCACCGGGCCCUCCCUCCAGCAGGUUUUCAGCGACGAGAUUUUAGGCUUCUCAACCCCGCCGGGGAGGCUCUCCAUGAUGGCUUUCAUCCUCAAUGCACUCACCUGUGCCCUGGGCUUGCUGUACUUCAUCCGCCGAGGGAAGCAGUGCCUGGAUUUCACCGUCACCGUUCACUUCUUCCACCUCCUGGGCUGCUGGAUCUACAACUCGCGCUUCCCCUCGACGCUGACGUGGUGGCUGGUGCACAUCGUGUGCACGGCGCUGAUGGCAGCCAUCGGGGAGUACCUGUGCAUGAGGAUAGAGCUCCGAGAAAUCCCCCUCAACUCCGCCCCCAAAUCCAACGUAUAGACUGGCUCUGGCAACAACAUGCUGCAUUAUGUCAUUGUUCCCAGCACAAGUGCAUCCAAUGCCUCGGAAUCAUCCCUGAAGAAGCACAGCAGGUCUGUUUAGACUUUAUGAUUAAUUUUUUGAUUUUGGACCUCGGUGACUGCAUGAGUCUGAGCAUCUCCUCUGGCAUCAGCUGACAACGGGGGAGGAGCAGAUGUUUAUUUUGUUAACACAAAGUAUUAAUAUGACUGUAUGGAGAGUGUGCCCUUAAACUCUUCACUCAUGAGACUGUUAAAAGCCAGGUAGCAAAACUUGGUGCGUGAGGAGCGUUUGGAAUUUAACGAUGUGGGAGUGCCCUGUGUGGUUAACACAAUGGUCAGCUCUUCUUGCGAGAGCUGGCACGGUGAGACGUGGGACUGGGAGCUGCUGCUCCCAAUCUGUGACUUGUUUGGGCUUUGGUUGGGAAAAAAGUCAAGAAACRAAUGGAUGGGGAGAAAGAAAAUAGUUGUACUUACCUGAAUCACCAGCUGAGACACUAAAUAACCUGUAAUGUUAGAUGGGUUUGUUUGCUGUUUCCAUGUUUGAUACAUAGAGGUGACAGACAGCAGUUUGCUGAAGAAAUCUUUUGUAAUAAUAAAAAUAURUUGCUGUGAGUGUUACGGCUCUCCUGGGAAGCUGAGCACUUCAAGGAAUAUCAUGAGUGUCUGUAUCAUGGCAACAGAAGGAUGCAGCCAAAGAACACAAGGCUGUGAGGUGCCCACUGUCUGGGGCACAUAAAAUUUCCUACAAUAAACAUUUCAUACCUCUGCUCUGAAAAGAAGGCAUCAUUGAGUGCUGUCUUGGGAAGUCAGCUGGCAUAAUCCCACUUCAGAGGGAGUAUCAGCMGUCCAGGAUCUCCACAUGUCCAGCCUGAGCCUGGAGCUGUCCUGGGGAAGCUGCAAAAGUGUUCUGGAGCCAUGAUGCUCUUCCCCCUUGUCUGGGCCUUCCCAUCAGGCUUCAGCAGCGGCUCUGGCCCGGUAGAGGUGAUAUUAAAUAAGAGACUGCUGCUAUUUCUCAAAAUAACAGGAUGUGCCUUUAUUCAGAAGCACUUCAAAUAAGCUUCAUCAGGCAGGGACACCCCUUUACUGCUGAGAGGCCUGAGCCAGGUGGUUCCUCCAGAUCCAACACCCCAAGCAUGCAGCACACUGCCUGGYUUCCACUGAGAGAUGGCCAGGUUGUGCAAUCCCAAAGCCAGGUCUAGAGAAAGAUUUUUCUCAUGUGCAGCAUCUUGCUGCAGCAACUUCYCUUUGUAUGUUAAUAUUUGUAAAURUUAAUUUGCAUAGCUUAUCUGCUAAUUCAGCUUGUUGAAAAGUGGUGGGAUGAUGUGAGAUCG